AGCUCUCAAAAAUGAUUUAUUUUCAUGCCAUAUUUCUGCCUUCGUCCCGUCCUCCGGUGAGCUCCAGUUUGAGUGACGUCACACAAUAGAUCGGUGAUCAGCUGAGCUAGCUGCCAGCUGCAGCAGAAAUCCUCACAUCCAUUCACUUUGCGUGUACUUUGAUUUUGUCUCAACCGGUGCCGCUGGUACGGUAUUGCGAGCAAAAUGACGGCUGUUGAUGAGGAAAUUGAAUUUUUGGAUAUGGACAUUGACAUCAGUGACGAAAGUGAUUAUAAUGACAGCGAUGACGAUGAUGAUGGGGAAGUAGGAGAGCUUGAAGGAGAAGAAGAGGAAAGACUCGUUGAUGAACGAGAUCAAAUUCCGCAACCUUACCAGCACGAACCAGAGCCUGUGCAGCCGCCGGAACCGGGUGCGAUACCUCUCGGUGAUGGUGUGGGCUUUCGUGGAAACAGAGACAUUACUCGUCUCGACCCAAGGAAUACCGAUAACUGGUGUCAGUGCGGCCAUUGCGAGAUUUUACCGUCGUUCAAUGUUGGAGACUGUCUCUGCUGCAGAGAAAUUGCAGAGGUGGCAAAAGAGGGGGAAGGCGUGGAGUGCAUCACCCAAGCUCGGGAUUUUUAUCCAGCCAUACUCAACCCCGUAACAUUGUACAUUGCAUGGCAACAUUUCACGGAAAGGUGGCGAAGGCAGGCAAGAGCAUUUGGUGCUCGAAACAAUGAGAAAUAUCGAUAUGUUGCCUAUCGCCAAUUUGUUAGGUGGUGCUGGGGCAUCUUGGGCAAAGACAUCAGAGUACAGCUCCCUGCUUGCGUCCAGGCCAUCAUCAAGAAUACAUAUCCAGAUGGAAAUAACAUCUAUCGAGGUACUGUGCUGAGACGGCUGGAAAUUUGAUUCACAAACUAUAACGUUUUUGUGUUCUCUCUACAUGAAUUUGCUGGACUCAUUUUCUGUGAUACUUUUUUCACCUUUUUUGUAUAAGUUGCAGUGUUCUUUUUACAUUCCGGUAAUGGUAAUUCUCUUAUAGUUAUUAAUAGAUAUUUAUAACAUGUACCAAUCUUUGUCCAAAUAAGAAAUAAUGUACAGUAGGACUAUAGAAAUCUGCAUGACAUCAUGGGCAAAAUUCAGCUACAUGUAAGAGUUAAAAAUGACUUGCAUAAUAUGGAUCUUUGUAAUUUUGAUACAAUUUUCAUUGUAGUACCAUGAGAACCUUUAUUAUGAUUGAUUAGCCAUGUGGUAGUUGGCAAAACUGCCAAGUUACUUUGAGAAUAUUCUUUUUGUGUAAAGACUUGUGAUUUUUCAACAUAUCGCUUCAGAACAACUCAAAUUAAGUCAUAGGACACAGUGAUGCAAGAAUCAUUCAUCAGUCUUAGAUUGGGGGGGGGGGGGUGCAAGUACAACUUAUGCUCAUACAUGUACAUGGAAAAAAGGUAGCAAAAUUGCUGAAAUCAGGAAAUCUACAUUUUCAUUAUAUUUUUUAAUGAACAAUACAUGCAGUACAGUGUAUUUACUGCUUUGUUUCUCUCACCUAUUAUGAAUUUCCUCAUUUCAGCUUGAUGAUGGAAGACUUACCACAGAUACUCUUGUUUCUCUUGCCAUGUAAAUUUUGUAGUUUUAUCUCAGGUAUACAAGUUGGCCAAAUGGUAUACUGUCAAGAUCUUUCAACUAAUGUAAACCAAAUAUCAUUACUAGAUAUUAUCAAUCAGCAUUAGAAUUUUAUAAUUAGGUAAAGUAUGUUGAUGACUUUGCCUUUUCAUGGCAGCUGGUAUUGUUCUUGAGGUGUAAAGAAUUUAUGGAACAAUUUGGUUCUAAGUUCAAACGGAUAUCUUUACAUGUAGGGCCUACAUGUGUCUUAUAAAUACAAACAGCUUUCCAAUUCAUGUUACCUGUGAAUCUGAACUGUUAUUCCUUUUUUCCCCUUAUGUUCUUUCAUGGAUAUUUCAUAAGUCUAUUUCAAUAUAUAUUAUGAAGUACAUGUACAUAUUAUUUUCAUAUAUUUGUAUUUAUCUUUUUUUUGCAAUAUGAUGUCAGACUUGCUGCAAAUAAUCUUGUCACAUAGAUUUUGCGGUGUUUAAUCAGGGUUUUUCUUUUGUAACAAC